AUGAAGCAUGCUAUUUUCCAGUACUGGGAUGACAAACUUGCCAUAGGAGCUGAGAAGUGGGCCAGACAGUGUACUUAUGGAAACAACGAAGAAGCGAAAUUGUAUCGACACAUUCCUUCGUAUUAUUAUCCAGUCGGUCAGAAUGCAGGCUUUGAUGGCAGAGGAUGGAAAACUAUCUUCUGGGCAUGGGACAGAGAAAAAGAGUUUUACAAACUGGUGUCGUUAAUCCAAGGGUCCUGUUUCAGUUACGGGGUGUGGCCUUACAAGACAAAAAGCUACAAAUUUCCCGGCCCGUCACCUUAUCCCUUCUUCGGGACUCUUACACAAUUGUUGUCUAAGGGAGUUGACGAAUUCGACUCUGAAGUCAUCAAGAAAUAUGGCAAAGUAUCGCUAACAUGGGCUUGCCGUCAACCACAGCUCCUUGUCGCCGACCCGGACAUGGUGCGGGAAAUCAACAUUAAACAGUUCCCAAACUUCGUCAACCGAGUCGUCACUCGAGGAAGAUUUGCGAUGACUGACAUAGAACGAAAUCAGCUGACGAUGCUUGAAGAUGAUCACUGGAAGUUUGUCAGGGCCACUUUGACUCCUGCCUUCAGCUCGGGUAGGACUCCGAGAGGUAAGACUCUAUUGCAUCACUGGAAAUGUGUCAGGGACCACUUUGACUCCUUCCUUCAGCUUGGUAGAUUCAAGAGAUGGUUCCAUUACUUCAAAAACUGUACAGCUAACUUGAUGGACAUUAUCGCUGAGCGCUCCAAGCGUGGGGAAAGCUUUGGACUGGUGUUUCCUUUCGUUGCCAGAAUCUUGCAGUACUUCAACAUAAGUUCCAUGCCAAAGGAGUCUCAGCAGACGAUAGACGUGAUAAAGAGGGAUGUGAAGAGCAACAUUGAACAAAGAAAGCAACAAGAAGCUAAAAGGCGUGAUCUCCUACAGCUUAUGAUUGACGCACGCGCUGAUGACAUCGACAAGUCAGAAGAUAAGGUUGACGCAAAAUAUUUGGAGAACAAUAUUAAACACCAAAGAAAGGGUUUGACUGAGGCCGAAAUAAUGGCACAAUCCUUCAUUUUCCUGGUGGCUGGAUACGCGACUACGGCCGGAACAAUGAGUUUGCUAGCUUACAACCUCGCUCUUCAUCCCGAAUGUCAGGGACAAGUCAUAGAAGAAAUCGACAGCGAGAUCGGUGAAGAAAAGCCGACCUACGACAACGUGACCAAUCUGCAUUAUUUAGACAUGUGUUUGUCUGAGACGCUGAGGUUGUUUCCAGCCACAAGCAGAACGACUCGAGAGGCUAAAGACGACAUUGUUAUAAAAGGGCACCUGAUUCCUAAAGACAUGGCCGUCCAGUUCCCUGUCGGCUAUCUUCACCGUAACCCGGAACACUGGCCAGAGCCGGAAAAAUUCAAACCGGAAAGAUUUACCCCUGAGGAGAAGGCUAAAAGACACCCGUAUGUCUACAUGCCGUUUGGCGUCGGUCCAAGAAACUGUGUCGGUAUGAGACUGGCGCAGCUCGAGGCCAAAAUGGCGAUCGUAACGAUUCUGCAGAAGUUUCGGUUUGUCAGGAGCGUGGAUACCGAAGUACCUAUAAAAUUUACAAAAAUCGGACUGAACGACCCAGUGAACGGGAUUUGGCUGAAGAUCGAGUCUCGUAGUGGUCACGAAUAGUGGAAUAACAGAAGUCCCUGAUGACCAAGUAAAACACAUGUUGCCACAGAAAGAUAUAUAUAUAUAUACGCGCUAUAUACAGAAAUUAGAUUGAUGAUGAAGAGCGUUUUGGUCGCAGAUUUUCAUGCAGAAAAAAAAAGGAAGGCGUGGCUUGUUCUCCUUCCUUUGCUUUGGUUUUCCAUUGUAACUAAAACUCGCAAUACUGAAUCGAUCACUCUAAUUGUCCAGCUUAUUUUUAGUAGAUGGAACUUCUCUGUACAAAUAUUUCACUGUCUGGUCACUACCUGUGCAUUCCAUGAUUCCUAGUCCGAUUAAUGAUGUCAACAAACCCUAAGUUUCCGAGGCUUGGUAUUGGUGCACAAUGAUUUUGGUUUAUCAAAUGUGAUGACAAUAUGCAUUUUGAGUAAUUUUAAACCUGUGACAUCUAUAAAAUGGUUAUAAACAUCACUGCGUAUAAUUCAUCUAAUUCUGUGGUACUAAAUUAAGCAUUUAUACGAAUAAUUAAGGUUUUAAUCGAAGUAAACUUACAAUUGCCGCGCUGUUUUAAUCCCUGUUCUGUAGUAUUUUAUUUCACUAUUGUGUGUAGAUACUAAAUGAUGUUACAUGACGUAGGUUUUUUGCCGAUUCUACAAGAUUGGCUGAUGAAGAAUUAAAUGUUGAAAAAUAAAAAUAAUGGCAAAAUAUUAUAAUUACCUGAUGACAGAAGAAUACUUUUCCUUGCAGACAUAUUUUGUUAUUUUACGUCCGAUUUGCUUCUCCGCGAUAGCGGUGUUAAACAAUAAUCAUUCAUUUGAUAUCUAUGGUCUCCCUGUUCUUCCGGUAAAAUGACGGCUUCGAAAGGCCAAAUUCAUAUUUUCAAUCAAUCAAUCGAUUCCUGUAAAAUGUUUUAAUCAGGGGAAAAUUAUUCUAACUCAUAUACAUGUGUACAUUUGAUAGUUAGCAUACUAUAAUCGUUUUUAUAUAAUUAUUAUUUCUAUAUUUAAGUACCAGAAAAGUUGACAUAUCGUUGCGUGAUCAUGUACCCGGAGAGUGAACAUGAUAUAAUUGUUUAUAAACUAUUUUAUGAUCUAUAAUAAAUCUAAUUACAUCGAAACAGUUUGUAUUUUUU